AUGGGUGUUACAUUCUUUACGCGAUGGCUUGCCGAACGCUACCCUUUGGCGUUUCGACAAAUGGAUGACGUCUCAAAACCCACCUUUGAUUGCUUCUAUAUUGAUUUUAAUGCAAUAAUUUAUUUUGCAUUAUCAUAUUAUAAUCCGGAAUCUGAAGGAAAUUUUGAUGGUAUUAUCACGGAAAUUAUCAGAUAUUUAGACACAAUCAUCCAAAUUGUCCGACCAACAAAACUUAUUUAUUUAUCUGUUGACGGAACACCUCCAUAUGCAAAGUGCGUCAGAAACAGAAGUAGUAGAUUAGCAGGCUUCAUGAAAAACCAGAAACAAGACAAAUCUCAGAUUCAAUUUGAAAUCGUUGCAGGAUCCGUCUUCAUGGAGAAGCUUCAUCAAGAACUCAUUAAAACAAUUGAGAAUAAAGUCAAAACAGACAUUGCUUGGUCAACUCCGAAAUUUAUUUAUUCAUCAUAUCAUGUCCCAGGCGAAGCAGAGCACAAAAUCACCAAAUUUAUUCGAGAUUCAACAACCCAAAACAAUUUCCUCAAUGAUUAUGUUCAUUUAGUUUUUUCUGUAGAUUCAGACACAAUUUUUCUUUUGUUAGGCUUAAAUAUGAAGUAUUUAGUAACAAUGAGAGAAGCAAAGAACUUCACUGUCAAUGAAAAAUCUUCAUCAUCAGCGUUUGAACUCAUUUAUAUCUCUAUAAUUCAAGAAUAUAUAAUGGAAGAAUUGAAAAGUGACAGAAGAAUUAUUAAUGACUUUAUUGCAUUAGUUUUUCUGUGCGGAAAUGAUUUCAUACCAGAAUUCAGCGAGCUUCCAAGUUCUCCUGAAACAUUUGAAAGCAUCUUGGAUUGCUAUGUCAAAACAAUCAAAGAAAAAGGCUUGUUUUUAUUGAAUGAAAACCGCAAAUUUCUUUUUGAAAAUUUGGAAAUGUUGUUUGACAAAAUCAUGUUGAAUGCAGCUAUAAAAGGAUCAACUACAUCAUGUGCAAGCGAUAACUUGAAAGAACAUUUCCCAGAUGAAUACAAAAACCAAGAUUUUGUCAAUGAAUUACUCGAACAAACUCUCACGAAUUUCGAGUUUGUACUGAGUUAUUAUUUUGGCAAAACACCAAGUUGGUCAUAUUGUUAUCCAUAUGAACAUUCCCCUCCUUUCUCUUUCCUUUUGAAUGCAUUGAAAAACCACAAAGAAACUAACUUUGUUCUUGACAAACCUUUGGAGCCUUUUGAAGCAUCAUUAAUUACAGCUCCAAGAGAAGGAAAGAGUGGGAUUCCGAAAGAACUUAUUGCUUUGACUUUGGAAGAAAAUCAAAAUAAGAUUUCAAAAUAUUUCCCUCACAAAACAAUUUCAAAUUCAAAAGAAUUAAGAGAAAUUCAAUUCCCUCCUUUAGCAGUUUUUGAUGAAGUUUAUUAUGAAACAAUAAAAAUAAUAGAAGACAAAGAAUGCUUAGUAAGGAAUGAGUUACAAUCAGAUAUUGUUAUUACUAAUCAUGGAGUUGAAAAAGAGAUUAAAAUCUUAGAAUUUCCAGAAAAAUCUGAAAUUGUAAAUUAUCCUUCAUUGAAAAGCGGCGAUUUAGUUAAAUCAUUUACAGAAGAUGAGAAUCCGGACUUUGAUAAAGAUGACAAACCAACAGGAACGGUUCAUAUUGUUCUUGCUUGUUUAAUCAAAGAAGAAUCAAGCGAUUUGUCAGUUUUUACGGAAAAAAUUAAUCAAAUCAUUACAAUUGAUUGGCCUUAUUCGAAGCCUGCUGUUUUGAAAUCUGUAUGUGAUGGAAAUUUCAUUUACGAAUAUGAUGAAAAUCUCAAGAAAACUUUGAAGAGAAAGUGUGAUAUUGAAGAAGAAUUUCCAGCAGAAGAUAUCGAGAUGAGUUAUAUUAUAACAAGAGGAAUUCUUCUAGAAAACACCAAGUUUAUGCUGACUGUUUGUCCUCUUAAAUCUGCUUCUGUCUGCGAUUCUUGUUUCACAUUCUCUAAUACUCCAAUUUUUGUUCCUUCGCAAAUUGUUACUUUUGAAAACAAAAUUGAAAUUUAUUCAAAACAAAGCAAAAGAAAACCAGUUGUUGGUGAAAGGAUAUUAGUUAGUAAUGGAGAAUUAAAGGGAGAAGUUGCAGAAAUUACAGAAAUAAAUGAUCAGACAAUUAAAGCAAAAUUAAUUGUCAGUAGAGAUCCAUUUUUGAAAAAUGUUGAAAAAGAAGAAAGUCAAAAACAGAAAAACUCUGAUUGGAUAUCGAUUAAUGAUCUUUGUACCCAAUUCAACAUGAAACCAAAGAUUAUGAGGAAAGCAAUUACGAAUUUACCUCAAAAAACAAUCAGAGGAGAUGGAAAUAACAUUGAAAUUCAUCAAAAAUCAUUACCGAAAUUGAUGGAAAUCAUUGGCAUAAAACACAGAAAUCCUGAUAACAAGAAGAAGGAUGAUAAAGGAAAGAAAGGCGAUAAGGGAAAGAAGGUUGAAAAGAAAGCAAAAACAAACAAAAUGAUUAACUAUUUUGUAGAAGUAGAAAGAAAAUUGUUGGGAUUGAACAUCAGAGAAAUUGUUGCAGAUGAAUUUGAAAUUCCAAUAGAAAACGCAUUAUGGAAAGGCAAACCACAAUCCGAUAUUCCAAAGUUUGUUGAGCCUGGUUCAAGAGUUAUUUGGGUUGGAUCUUCAGAUUUGGUUCCAUUUGGAGCAAAAGGAACUGUUGCAGAAGUAAAUGAAGAUCAAUUUGAAUGCUUAGUUAUUUCUGAUAUUGAAUUGCCUUUUGGAACUACUCAUGCUAAUAGACUCAAAACAAGAAGAGGAUUUACUGCAAAAUUCGGUGAUAUUUAUGUAUUAGAUUCAUCAGUAUAA